AUGGUUCAUAUCGAGGCUGACGGCAGCCGUACAGAAUCUGGCCGCAUUAAUUACCUGGGCAAGGUCAAUACCACUGACCCGUACCUUUGUGAUGACGAUAGCAACAGCGACGAGGAUGCUGGCGAGCAGAAUAAAGAUGACAAAGGCGGAUCAGUAGCACCCGGGGGAACCACCCUGACCAAGGCGCAGGCCCGUCGCGCUCAGGUCCGCCGUGCCCAGGUCCAGCACCGGAAGCGCAAGGCCGACUAUCUGCGCCAGCUCGAGGUUGAUGUUUCUACACUUCGUGACCUUGUCAGCGCGACCGAAAAGGAAACCCGCAGACUGCGGCACGAGAAUGCUAGCAUCCGCGUGCGCCUGGGAAUCUCUGUUGUUGGUUCUGGCAAAAACAAUAUCAUCGUGCCCAGCAAAAUCGAUUCAGUUAUUAGCGCAGACACGAGCCAGGUUAUGGCCCUAGAUGUGCCAGCAGUGGCUGUCUCUUCUCUAAAUGAUGUCACCGUUGGUGGGGAUAUUGGUCAGCUUCUUUCACCGUCAGCGCCGGAAGUAUCUCCUGCGACAACACCAUGGGACGUCAGCACUAUAACAACGGGCCCCUCUCCCAUGAGCCUGUCGUCAUCUGCAUCACCGGCUGCUCAGGGAGUCCUGCCUAUCGCUCUCGCAGAUACCAUAGACGCCAAGGUCGACGCCACCGGCUCCUUGUUUGCCAACAUCGACCUCGACGAUAUUACGGUCGCUCUGGUUAUGGACGAAUUCGUUGGCACACCAGUUUACCACAUUUCCAGCUCGUCCGUCUCGACGUCGUCUCCACCUUAUGACGAAAACUCCGCCGUCCUACAGAGCUUUCCGACAACAUCGAUUACAACUUCUCCUGCUUACAAUUCGAUGACAACAUCGGCCAUAAUACCUAUGGACCCGGCCUUGGUGUCAGAUGCAUCCUCGCCUGUUAGCCCAGAGCCUGGCCUGCAGGGAUAUUCAUGGAUGCAGGAAAUGACCCUGGAACAAGUGCACGUGGCUGUUAACUUCAUUCUGGCGCUCGAAUAUGUAUGCUGGAACCAUGUUGGUCACCAGUUCUGUCGGCCCAAUACUGGGGUGCCGCAUGCCGGCCAUACUCUUAUGGCCUCGAACCUGCUUCUUCAACAUGCGUCUGAUAAAGUACACAUGGACGUGUAUGAUUUUAACGACAAAUACGAGAGUGAAAUCAAUGACCAGGCUGGCCAUACCCACGACACAAGCUUUACCGGAAGCAACGACAAUCAUGCUGUCGAUUUAACGUGGCAGGCUCCCGAUGUGACUCUCCAGCAACUAUAUGGACUGGCCACGUCGUUAAAUCCGGCAUCAGACAAGGAGCUGACUCCAAUAGAGGCAUGGUUCGAAUUGGCCUCGAACUACCCUCUAUCGAUACUAUUGCGACAGGACGUCAUCGAUGAGCUCAAGCGUGGCUUUUCCGGCGUUGUCAGGUGUCUGUAUUUUGGUGCUGUCAUAGAGCGCCAGGCGUUUGAAAGUGUGGUCGAUCGCAUUCUAGGUCCGAUAAUGUCUGGCGAGGCAGCCAUAGCUAGAAUACAACCCGCGGAACAUGCGAUAUUGGCUCCGCAACAUCUCCACGAGCAACAUUCGGCCAUCUCCUACGACAUCACACAUGGCAAGCUUAUUUCUUCGGCGUUUUGCUACACAAACCUGGAGAAACCCCGAUCCAAUCCGGUUUCAGACGGGUUUCUCCGCUUUUCCUAUCAUAUCGAGUACCGCCUCGCAAGCAAGCCCAACAACUGGGUCGGCAGUGCCGGCGCCGGUGGUUUCGAUCUCCGGAGUGAUACUAUGACAACGCCGACGGCGUCUAUGCUGGCUGCAAUCCACAACACCACUCUCCUAGACGACGUCUUGAAAGAAGACCAAACUACCAUAGAUCUUGAGGCUCACUGCGCCAAGCUGACUGGCAAGGAGGCCGGGCUCCUCGUGCUGUCCGGAACCAUGGGCAAUCAGGUGGCGCUCCGGGCGCUCUUGAAGCAGCCGCCUCACUCGGUGCUAUGCGAUAGGAGGUCGCACAUUUUCACAUACGAGGCCGGAGGGUUGAGCUCUCUGUCUGGAGCCAUGAUAAUUCCAGUGCAGGCUAAGAACGGCAUCCACCUGACGCUCGAGGAGGUCAAAGAGAAUGCGGUGCUGGGCGACGACAUCCACGGCUGCCCAACGCGGGUCAUCAGCCUGGAGAACACGCUGAACGGCAUGAUCAUGCCACUGGACGAGGUGCGGCGCAUCUCCGACUGGGCGCGCAGCCAGGGCAUCCUCAUGCACUGCGAUGGUGCACGUCUCUGGGAAGCUGCCGCCUCGGGCGCGGGCAGCCUGGUUGCUUAUUCUGCCUGCUUCGACACCGUCACCAUGUGCUUUUCCAAGGGUCUAGGCGCGCCCAUCGGCAGCAUUAUCGUGGGGCCCAAGGCCGUGAUCAAGCAUGCCAACUGGAUUCGCAAGUCCAUAGGUGGCGGCCUGCGCCAAUCCGGCGUCGUCUCUGCCGCAGCGCGCGUGGCCGUCAACGAGACCUUUGGUACCGGCCCCAACGGUGAGGGCGGCCUGCUGCAGCACAGCCACGGGCUGGCCUUUGAGGUGGCAAAGAUGUGGACGGACCGCGGCGGCAAGAUGCGCUAUCCGGUGCACACCAAUAUGGCCUGGCUGGACUUCCCGGCUAGCGGCGUGAAUGAGGAGCUCUUCGCCAAGCUAGCCGCUGCCGAGGGCCUCAAAAUGUACUCUGAGCGGAUUAUUGUGCACUACCAGAUCUACCAGAACCGGCAGGAGGUCGUUCCGCGGCUAGAACGCCUGUUUACGACGGUACUCGACAAGGUCAACAAGGUGCCAGUAGCAGGUGCCGUGUCGUCAGGAAAGUCGGCAUAUCCGGUCAGCAAGUGA